AUGAACCGGAUUUUCGGAACGGCGAAGAAAGUGCCACCACCAGAUCUUAACAAUGCCAUAUCUAAUGUUGAAUCGAGAAGCGAGAGUAUCGAUAAAAAAAUCCAGAAGCUCGAUCAGGAUUUGAUGAAGCUUCGUGAUCAAAUGUCAAAGCUGCGUGAAGGUCCAAGCAAAAACUUGAUAAAACAGAAAGCAUUAAGGAUUCUGAAACAAAAGAGAAUGUAUGAAAAUCAAAAGGGUCAACUGGACCAACAAUGCUUCAACAUGGAUCAGAGUAAUUUUGCCAUUCAAGGAAUGAAGGACAACCAAGUGACAGUAGCUGCAAUGAAAGAAGGAUUGAAGACAAUGCAAAAAGAGUACAAGAAGAUGAACAUCGACAAAAUUGAAGAUCUUCAAGAUCAAAUGGAAGACAUGUUGGAUAUGAACAACGAAAUUCAGGAAGCGAUGAGCAGACAAUAUGAUACACCAGAUAUUGAUGAGGCAGAUCUUGAAGCCGAAUUGGCUAUGUUAGGAGACGAGUUGGAUAUCGGAGAGGCGGAUACAAACUACCUUGAUGAAGCACUCGCUGCUCCAACUGUUCCCGCUGAUAAACCAAAAACGAGGGUUGCGGAAGGUCUUGAAGUAGAUGAAUUUGGACUUCCCAAGUUGCCAGCCUAA